CGCGGCCGGCGGCACGGGGUCCGCAGAGCCGCAGUCGCCCGCUCUCGGCAGCUGAGUCACGGCCCGGACCGCGAGGACGCGCGUCCGUUGCCCCGAGGCAGCCGCCUUCCGGGCCUGGGGGGCCUCGGCCGCUGACUUUUCCGGCCAGGCACACAGCCUUUCGCUGUUGCCGUGACGACGGGUGGCCUAACAAAGUCCCCUGUUCCCCUUCGCUUUUUAUCGCCCCCCUUCUUUCCCAGUUCAUUCUUUGCUUAUUGUACGGUCACUCCGUUGACCUCGUAGGUAGAGCUUGGGGGACGCCGGGUCUGUGGUAACAGAUUGUCCUCGGGGCGUCGGGAGGACUGCUGCCUCCUUCACUGCGGCGGCCGCUGCGGUCUCCAUGGUAACGGCCCCGCCAGCGUCUCCGCCUCCAUGGGAAGAUGCCGCCCGCCGGGCCUGCCGCCUAGCCCCCAGCCUCACGGCCCGGCUGGGUCCACUGAAGGGGAAGGUCCCGGCCGCCAGACUGCCGGGCAGCGGGCACUAGUGACAUCCCAUCCUCUGGCUGGACACACACAUGGCCUCAAAUGAGAGAGAUGCUAUAUCGUGGUACCAAAAGAAGAUUGGAGCAUAUGAUCAGCAGAUAUGGGAAAAGUCCAUUGAACAGACUCAGAUUAAGGGCUUCAAAAACAAACCAAAAAAGAUGGGUCACAUAAAGCCAGACCUGAUAGACGUUGACUUAAUCAGAGGCUCGACAUUUGCCAAAGCCAAACCUGAAAUUCCGUGGACGUCUCUAACCCGGAAGGGGCUUGUUCGAGUUGUGUUUUUCCCCUUGUUCAGCAGUUGGUGGAUUCAGGUGACCUCUGUAAGAAUCUUUGUUUGGCUGCUACUGCUUUACCUCAUGCAAGUCAUGGCACUUGUGUUGUACUUGAUGAUGCCCAUUGUGAAUGUCAGCGAAGUGCUUGGACCCUUGUGCCUUAUGCUGCUCAUGGGGACCGUCCACUGUCAGAUCGUGUCCACUCAGAUAGCACGGCCGUCGGGAGGCAAUGGAAGUCGGCGGAGGAGAAAACUACGAAAAACUGUGAAUGGUGACGGGACCCGAGAAAAUGGGAACAACUCCUCUGACAAAGUCAGAGGCGUGGAAGCUGUGGAGCCCGUCCCCUUCGUCAGAGGUCUCUGGGGCACUCUCUUCGGCAGCAGGGGUAAAAGAGUAAAAAUAUGCAACAAAGGGACUGAAACCAACAGUGACACGAGUGCCCUGCGUCCCAUCAUUAGGAAGAGGCAGUGUCGACCGGAGAUUAAAACGUGGCCAACGGCGGAGAAAGCCAAGCUUUCCGAUGGAGAGAAGUGCCGUAGGGGGGCUUUCAGGCGGGUGGGCAACGGGGUGUCGGAUGACCUGUCGAGCGAGGAGGACGGCGAGGCCCGGACGCAGAUGAUGAUCCUGCGCCGGAGCGUGGAAGGGGCCUCCAGCGACAACGGUGGCGGCGAGGUCAAGAACAGGAAGUCAGUGCUUCCCCGGCACCUAAACUCUCAGGUCAUGAAGAGCACGCCCAAGUGGUGUCACGUGGUGCGGGACUCGGACAGUCUGGCCGAAUCGGAGUUUGAGUCCGCAGCCUUCAGCCAGGGCUCUCGAUCUGGUGUGAGCGGUUGCUCUCGGACCCUGAACAUGUCAAGGAGAGACUCAGAAAGCACCCGCCACGACUCGGAGACCGAGGACAUGCUGUGGGACGACCUGCUGCACGGCCCUGAGUGCAGGUCGUCAGCCACCAGCGACAGUGAGGGGGCCCACGCGAGCACCCUGCACUCAGGGGCCAAACACGACCCCAAAGAGGAUGUUUUCCAGCAGAACCACAUAUUCUGGCUUCAGAACUCGAGCCCCGCCUCCGACCGAGUCAGUGCGAUAAUCUGGGAAGGGAACGAGUGCAAGAAGACGGACAUGUCCGUGCUGGAGAUCAGCGGUGUCAUCAUGAGCAGGGUUAAUGCGUAUCAGCAAGGAGUAGGGUAUCAAAUGCUGGGAAAUGUCGUCACCAUUGCGCUAGCAUUUUUUCCGUUUUUGCAUCGACUUUUCCGUGAGAAGAGCCUUGACCAGCUGAAGUCCAUCUCAACUGAGGAGAUCUUGACUCUCUUUUGUGGGGCGCCACCGGUUACCCCUGUUAUUAUUUUGUCUAUAAUUAAUUUCUUUGAACGAUUGUGUCUCACGUGGAUGUUUUUUUUCAUGAUGUGUGUGGCAGAGAGGACAUAUAAACAGAGAUUUUUAUUUGCAAAACUCUUCAGCCAUAUUACUUCUGCCAGGAAAGCUAGAAAAUAUGAAAUACCUCAUUUCAGACUUAAAAAAGUAGAGAACAUUAAAAUAUGGUUAUCACUGCGUUCCUUCCUAAAGAGACGGGGCCCGCAGCGCUCCGUGGAUGUUGUGGUGUCCUCGGUCUUCUUGCUGACCCUCUCCAUCGCCUUCAUCUGCUGUGCCCAGGUUCUCCAAGGACAUAAAACAUUCCUGAAUGAUGCUUAUAAUUGGGAGUUUUUGAUCUGGGAAACAGCUUUACUACUUUUCUUACUACGCCUGGCCUCACUGGGGUCUGAAACCAAUAAGAAAUACAGCAAUGUUUCAAUAUUGCUUACGGAACAGAUUAAUUUAUACCUUAAGAUGGAAAAAAAGCCAAAUAAGAAAGAACAGCUUACUCUAGUAAACAAUGUAUUAAAACUGUCCACCAAAUUGUUGAAAGAGCUGGACACACCGUUCCGACUCUAUGGGCUGACAAUGAACCCCUUGAUCUACAACAUCACCCGAGUAGUUAUCCUUUCUGCUGUCUCGGGCGUCAUCAGUGACCUUCUAGGGUUUAAUAUACGCCUGUGGAAAAUCAAGUCCUAAGUGGAGCCGUGCAUCUGGACCCACCCCCUUUGCUGUGUCAGCGCUCAGCCACGAGGAGGGAGCUGGCUGCCGGAGUACCGGGAGACCCCUGUGACCGGCUCCUGGCUCCCCGGCAGGGGGCCGCCCUCUGCUGAGCUCGCGGAUGGGGUUUUCCUGGGGACCGGCCGUUCGGAGGGCCUGCAGGCUGCUUCCCCGGGUUUCCAACAAUGUGAAUGGUCAGGAGACUGGAGACUGUGUUACGGUGACACAGGGACGCUGUUCUAAGUUAGGAAAUUCUUUCUGGACAUUUCGGUGCUGUGACAGGUACACUUACUGGAGACGGCCUUUUGGGUACGACGCAGAAGCCCAGAGCGUGAAGCAAACCUGCCUUAUUGGAAAUGCGCAAAUUCAGUCCUCUUCUGUGACGGUGUGUGGGACUGGCGGUGUCGUUUCUCCAGCAGAGAGAUCGAACUUAAGCUAUUUUAAGUUGAACUCAAAUAAAAACUUUA